CUCUCGCUUGUGCUCUUUCGACCAGCCAACAUGGGCCGCGUUCGCACCAAAACCGUGAAGAAGGCGGCCCGGGUCAUCAUUGAGAAGUACUACACACGCCUCGGCAACGACUUCCACACCAACAAGCGCGUGUGCGAGGAGAUCGCCAUUAUUCCCAGCAAGAAGCUCCGCAACAAGAUAGCAGGCUAUGUCACACAUCUGAUGAAGCGGAUUCAGAGAGGCCCAGUGAGAGGCAUCUCCAUCAAGCUGCAGGAGGAGGAGAGAGAAAGGAGAGAUAAUUAUGUGCCUGAGGUCUCAGCCCUGGAUCAGGAAAUCAUUGAAGUAGAUCCUGAUACUAAGGAAAUGCUGAAGCUCUUGGACUUUGGCAGUCUGUCCAACCUGCAGGUCACUCAGCCUACAGUUGGGAUGAAUUUCAAAACACCACGUGGAGCUGUUUGAAACUUUCUGCUGUGCUUUAAUAUUUCCAAUAAACCUCGGACAACAAC